UCGAAGCAUCUACAUCUACAAGGUUACCGUCGCGCCACCGACUUCGUCACCUCCAUAUAAAUCCCACAGACUCCCACGACUUCAACUGCACCAAGAAACACGAGAGACACACUUCAGUUUCAAAGCUUAGCAGCUGAAAAAGCAUGGAUCUCAGAGACAUGGGCUUCGACACCACUGUCCUUGACACCCUCCACGAGCUCCUCGACCUCUCCGACGAGGCCGACGCCAAGUCCCACCACGCCCCGUCCCGCGCCUUCCUGCGCGACAGGAAGGCAAUGGCGGCGACUCCCGCCGACGUGAAGGAGUACCCGAAUUCGUACGUGUUCGUGCUCGACAUGCCAGGGCUGAAGCCGGACCAGAUCAGGGUCCAGGUGGAGGACGGGAACGUGCUGGUGGUGAGCGGCGAGAGGAAGAGGGAGAAAGAGAAGGACCAGAACGACGGGGCGGGAGGGGGGCUGCUGAACUACAUAAAGAUGGAGAGGAGGCUGGGGAAGUUCCUGAAGAAGUUCGUGCUGCCGGAGAACGCGGACACGGAGAAGAUAGCGGCGGCGUACCAGGAUGGAGUGCUGACGGUGACGGUGGAGAAGAGGCCGCCGCCGGAGCCCAAGAAGCCCAAAACCAUCGAGGUCCAGAUCGCUUAAAACUGCCCGUGACUUGUGCGUGUACUAUGUCCAGGGCCUAUAAUAUGGAGAAAGAAUAAGAGGGUCGAAGAAACGAGAAAGAAGUUUCUUCUUUUGUUCUUCUGUCGGGUGUGAGUAGUAGUGUUAAAGUCUGGUUGUGUGGGGGUCUUCCGGAAUGAGUUUGUUGCAUAAGUCUUGUUACUCAACGGGGGGUUGUCGUAUCAAUGGACAUGAAAAAACCGGUGAUAUCGCGGUAUGCAAGAAUCAGACAUACCUAGAAUGGCCAACGUUCCCAUCUGACCUUUUGUCUCCGACCGAUCACGGUCGGAAUCUUUUCCGUGAAUCCGCAGCUCGCUCCGCAGAUUUCCUCGGAGUUUUAUUGGAACUUCAUGUCAGGGUCUGCUCUUCACUGAGAGCCGCGAUCGAUUUGUCCCGUUUGAGAAACCUCACGGAAUUAGAAAACCAUAUCGACCCCAAUGGAGCACUUUCGUGGGUUUGAACGGGUGCACAACCUAAGAAAUUCGAGGAUCGAAGACGAGGAGGAGCGCAUCUUUGUUGAGUUGCUGAAUCUGAUGAAUGCACAGAGAAAGACCGGUGGCACCUUUUGAACGUUACUAAGACAAGUUCUGAUAAAUUGAACUCCAGUCGCAUGCUGAACUUACUUAAGCAAAUAGAGCAGCGAGACAAGUUCACUUCGGGACGGUGU